AUGGCCACAACACAUCCCAGACCCGCUGACCUCUGCGCCUGCGCAACACCAUCUAGUUUUAUCCACGUUCCUGGCUGGUCGCAGCAUCUUUCACAUCGGCCAUCAUCUGCUCGUCCCUUGAGUGGUCAUUUUCGCUCGCUUUCCUCCGUCUCAAAUUCCAAACCGUCGCCACCUUCUCCCUCGUCCUUACCACGACCAUCUCUCAAGUCGCCCAAGUCUACUUCACAACUCCCCAAAAUCUCCCUCUCCGCGACCUUUCUCAACGAUGAAAUGAGUACCCUUCCCGACCCCCGAAGCCGGCGAGUGAGCAACGCCGAGGACCAGCAAGACGAGCCCGGUACCCCCAGUCACCAUCCCGACCUCAGCGACGAAAUCGCCACUCUCAGCACAAAACUUAUCAACGCCAUCAACCACCAGACGGCACUCGAUGACACUCUCAGCGCUACCCGCCAAGAACUGCAGAGCGCACAUGGGCGCAUACAUGAGCUCGAGCAACAAAAUGAGACGCAGCGCGAAAUGAUGGCCGGCGAUGUCUGGAUUCGCAAAUCUACUGUUGAAUCCGACAAGCGUGCCAUCAAAGCUAAACUCGACCACGAAGUCUCUAAACGUCUAGAAACCGAAGCCGAAAAUAAGCGCAUCGAGACAGAGCUCGAGACCUUGGCCACGGCUCUCUUCGAAGAGGCUAACAAAAUGGUCAUUGUCGCCAAGGAGGAGUCAAAAGAACGUGAAGACGCUGUCCAGCGCAAGAAUGACCUGCUGAAAGCUCAGCUCGAAGAGUCCGAAGCCCUGCUUAGAAAUCAGCAAACCCAGUUGUCCGAGCUCAAGCGCGUCAUGGAAUCCAUGUCUUCCCAUGACGAUCAGCACACAAACACUACCGCGCCCUCAUCACCGGGCCUACCCAGAUUAAAUACCAGCGACCGCUUGCCGCCUCUCGAUGCCGCCGCGAUCUCGCCUCUGCCCGACCUCUUCGCACCCGCGCCCCCUACGAGCUUUCCGCACCUCAUCCUCCCAGUCCUCCGCAAUGACCUCAGCGCCUAUGACGAUUUCAUUAAUCUCGCCCAUCAGUCCCACAAGCGCGCUGGCAGUCGCAUAUCUUCUGGCUCAAUGGGUGGCCUCGCUGCGCUGGGCCUCGGGCUGGCUGGCUCUACCUCCAGCGGCCACAUGUCCAACAACUCAACGUCGUCGCUCCAGAACCCCGCUUCCGCCGGCAGUGGCCCCCCAUCGCCAAACACACCCGCAUCUUCCACCCAGGGGACACCCAAUCAGCAGCUGCCGAUUCCGGCGCUCAAGGAGACCAAGUUUUACAAGCGCGUCAUUGUUGAGGAUAUCGAACCCACGCUGCGCCUCGAUUCUGCUCCUGGCCUGUCUUGGCUAGCCCGACGCAGUGUCCUUACUGCUGUUACGGACGGCAGUCUGGUCGUUGAGCCGGUGCCCACCAAUGUCAAUUAUGCACCAACAGCCCGGCCGCAGCUCUUUCCCUGCGCCCUUUGCGGCGAGGCCCGCAAAGAGACGCAAUAUCUACGCAAUCACCGCUUCCGCACGAGCGAGUCGCCGUCCGCGCAGCGAUACCCGCUUUGCAACUACUGUCUAGGGCGCGUACGCUCCACCUGUGGCUUCCUGGGCUUCCUGCGAAUGGUCAAGGACGGCCACUGGCGCGCCGAUGACGAAGGCCACGAGAAGACGGCCUGGGAGGAAAGCGUCCGACUUCGCGAGCAAAUGUUUUGGUCCCGUAUAGGUGGCGGCGUCAUUCCUGCCUCGCAAGCAGCAUCGCCCACUGAUGACGUAGCGCCUGCAUCCGUCGACAAGGUCCUUAGCACCACAUUAACAGUGCCUUCUAUUUCACCCGUCGCUGGCCAGACGGCGAAGAGUGCCGGUGAUGCCAAGCAUGUAUUCGAUCACAAGGCCCCUGUCAGGGAGCCGCGCACGCCGCCCGAGCAAACGGACAUGCCGACACCCGUGAGCCAGUACGGCGAACCGGCGCUCCGCAAGGACACUGAGCAAGAAGCGGCCGCUGAACAGCCCGUUAUCGUCGAGACUUGA